UUUUCCUGUUCCGCCACGGCCACUCGGCUAGGCGGGCCUCGACUUUUUUUUUUGGUUCCUUAUUAGCUCUGACCCUAACCCUAUUUACCAUCAAUAUCCUGGCUUUGACCGACCAUUUUGAGUUCGAUUGAUUUGACGAUUGAUCGCCUGCGAGGACUGAGUUUUCGGAAUAUUCUCGCGCUCUGCAGAUCUGCAGCAGGAUCUCAAUGUAUCACAGGGUCUAUAUGCGUUACGUCCAGGGCAACUCAAACUUGGAAAGAAGAAGGUUGGGCUGCCGUAGAAACCAUGUACAUACAGCAUCUUUAAUUCCCCUCUCCCUUCGCCAGUCCAGAGGACUCUAGACAGCGCCCCGAUACCGAUAGACUCCUGUCCCUGUGGUCGGCGGCCGGGCGGACCUGCUGCUGAGCAGAAUACGGGCUGGUUCUGACGCCGAGAAACAGCAGCCGGGCGUGCCAUCCCACGCGCGUCGAGCGAGAGGCACCGGGCGUAUUCGCAUUCGAGCGCACACUGGAGCUUAAAGGCUGCUGACGGCCAGCAAGCUUUUGUUUCUCUGAAUGGGUGCCUGCGAGGGGACGCGGUAGGCGAGUGCGGAUCGGGCGCGAGAUUGCACCUGUGACCGCUCAGUGGUGGGUUCUGAUUUGAUUCUCGCCAUCGAGGAGGUCAGCAUCCGGGGCUGAUAUGCUCAGUCCAGACUUUCGCUGUCGAGCGAUGCUGUGGACGGACGGAGGCACUCUCCCCUGCUCGGACGGCUACAUAUAAAAGCGCGCGCAGACGCGUCGUGCAGACCCCAAUACCUCCUCCGAGUUUCUCCCCAGCCAUGAAGUCCCAAAAGCUGUCUGCGCUCCUCUGCGGCCUCGCGCCCCUCGUCCAGCUCUGCGCACACGCACUGCCGACGAGCGCAGCGCCGCGCGCCGCGUGCGCGGACGUCAUGGUGUUCUUCGCGCGCGGGACGACGGAGCCCGCGCCCAUCGGCACCCUCGUCGGCCCCCCGCUCGCCGCCGCGCUCCAGCGCGCGCUGCGCGCGAAGGGGAACUUGACGCUCGCGUUCGCGGGCGUCGCCUACGCCGCGGACGUCCUCGGGUUCCUCGAGGGCGGCGACCCGCAGGGCGCGCGCGCCAUGGCGAACGACCUGACCAGCGCGGCUAGUGCGUGCCCCAAGGCCGCGCUCGUGACGGCGGGGUACAGCCAGGGCGGCCAGCUCGUGCACAACUCCGCGCGCCUCCUCUCGCCCGCGGUCCAAGCGCGCAUCAGCGCCGCCGUCAUCUUCGGCGACCCCGACAACGGAUCCGCGGUGAGCGGCGUCAGCGCGUUGCGCACGCACGUCGUGUGCCACGCCGGCGACGACAUCUGCCUGCACGGCGACCUCGUCCUCGAGCCCCACCUGACGUACGGCGCCGACACCCCGAGCGCGGCGGCGUUCAUCGCAGGCAAGGUGUGAACAACUCGGGAAGGAGGAACAAAAAAAAAUGGGAGCUGGCGCGAUGCCGAAUUUUUAUCUCAUUAUUUCAAAAUCCUGUGAUGUGUAGAUAUGAAGCGCUGGCGCUUAUUGAACGACGUUUGGAAGUGGCUUAUCGACGUGAGACUGGAGAACGUUUUUAAGCUCGUACGAAA